AUGGGGCUCAGGGACAGAAGUGCAGACACGGGGCCUGACCUGGAGGAGUUCCAGGAUUCUCUGAACCUGAGCCAGCCGAUUGAGGAGCAGGGCCCCCUAGAUGUCAUCAUCCACAAGCUGACUGAUGUCAUCCUCGAAGCCGACCAGAACGACAGCCAGUCCCUGGAGCUGGUGCACAGGUUCCAGGAAUACAUCGAUGCCCACCCUGAGACCAUUGUCCUGGACCCCCUUCCUGCCAUCAGGACGCUGCUUGACCGCUCCAAGUCCUACGAGCUCAUCCGGAAGAUUGAGGCCUACAUGAAAGAUGACAGGAUCUGCUCACCGCCCUUCAUGGAGCUCACGAGCCUGUGCGGGGAUGACACCGUGCGGCUCCUGGAAAAGAAUGGCCUGACGUUCCCAUUCAUUUGCAAAACCAGAGUGGCUCAUGGCACCAACUCCCACGAGAUGGCCAUCGUGUUCAACCAGGAGGGCCUGAGUGCCAUCCAGCCACCCUGCGUGGUCCAGAAUUUCAUCAACCACAACGCCGUCCUGUACAAGGUGUUCGUGGUCGGCGAGUCCUACACGGUGGUCCAGAGGCCCUCGCUCAAGAACUUCUCCGCGGGCAUGUCAGACCGCAAGUCCAUCUUCUUCAACAGCCACAACGUGUCCAAGCCGGAGUCAUCAUCGGUUCUGACUGAGCUGGACAAGAUCGAGGGUGUGUUCGAGCGGCCAAGCGACGAGGUAAUCCGGGAGCUCUCCAGGGCGCUGCGGCAGGCACUGGGCGUGUCUCUCUUCGGCAUCGACAUCAUCAUCAACAACCAGACAGGGCAGCAUGCUGUCAUUGACAUCAAUGCCUUCCCAGGCUACGAGGGCGUGAGCGAGUUCUUCACAGACCUCCUGAACCACAUUGCCACCGUCCUGCAGGGCCAGAGCGCGGCCACCGCAGCUGCAGGGGAUGUGGCCCCACUGAGGCACAGCAGGCUCCUGGCGGAGCAGGCGGACAGCCUUGCAGGCGAGCGGACGUGCAGCGCCAGCCCCGGCUGCUGCAGCAGCAUGAUGGGCCAGGACCCGCCCUGGACCGCCGAGGCCGACGCGGGCGGCGUGGGUGCGAGCGGCACCGCCAAGCUGCCGCACCAGAGACUGGGGUGCACCUCUGCCGUGUCACCCAGCUUCCAGCAGCAUUGUGUGGCCUCCCUGGCCACCAAGGCCUCCUCCCAGUAGCCACGGAGCCCAGGACCCAGAGGGCGGCGUGGGCCACGGAGCACAGCCACUGGGCGAGCAGCCCCCAGUGCUGACAUCCUACUAAGAAUUCCCAAUGGUCUGAUUUUUUUUCAAUUUUUAACCUUAUUUUCUGAUGUCAUUACCUAAAUGAGGGGUUGGGGGGAAGAUGGAAAAGAACCCCAGUGGUCCAGCCUCCUGGAAAAGGGACUUCCUGCCUGAUUCCUGCUGUGCAGACCUCUUCACCGAGUUUACUCAUGCGUGUGUUUUCAACACUAGGUCUGAAUGGAGGAAGGGUGUGUGUGCGCGUGUGUGGUUGCUGUGCAUGUGCGAGUGUGUGUGCACAUCCAUGUCUUGGUCUCGAUGGCUGCUGCGGACCAGGCCUGGAGGGCCCUGCAAGGGCCACCCUUGGUUAGGCUGCCGGCUCUGAAUGGAGCAAGUGGACGGUUCCCCCUUUCUCUCUCCUCUCCAAGCCCCCCCCCAGGCUGGCCCCUUAGCUGGUUCCCUUCCACUGGCCUCCUCCACAGCUUUGGGAGGAGCGAGUCGAGACCCCAGCAGGUGUGCACUGCCCUUCCCAAAAGCAAGAGCCAGGGAGGUGAGAGGCCGCAGCUACCGGUUCCUGGGGUUUCCGUGGAGGGGUCUGGACCGUUGCUGCUUGCUUCUCCGGGAAGGGAAGGAGAAGGAAGCUUCCCAGGGGAGGCCAAGGGCCUGGAUUCGCUGCCUCCACACCCAGCUCCCUGGAGCCUACCCAGCCCUCACCACGUGUCCUGUGCAGCCCUGCAAGGGGCCUCCUUCCUUACCAAGCACUGCUGCUCAUCGGGACCUGGGAGGAGGCUGCCUGGUUGGGGGCCCGCAGGCUGAUCCUGCCCGUGCCAAGGAUUUGUGCCAUGACUUUGGGCAAAUCAUCCCAAGAGUCACCGGACCUCUGUGUCCACGGUCAAGACCAGAACUCUGAAGGGCAGGCUUGACGCCCCAGCCCCUGUGACGCAGCCUGCUUUCCCAAGAAGUGAACCUGGACGAACCUCCCCUUGGCAUUGAGGCCACGUGGGGUCCCCUUCCCAGGCAGAAGGGGCCGCCCAUGUGCUCAGUCCUGUUCACACCGGCCUGUGCCACCCUUACCCAGAAGGCCUCACCCCCUUCCUGUAGUCACUGCAGCCCCAAGCAUUGAGCCAGCCAGGUGGCAGGGAGCGGCAGCCCAGAGGUGAUACCCCUCCCCAGUUAGAGUCACCCCAGCCCCUGGUGGCAGCACAGACCACCAUCUGAUUGUCACAUCCCAGGGUCCAGGCAGGCUGGUAGCUCCCUCUUCAGAGGGGCCAGUGAGAGGCUUUGUCUGUCCUGGGACAAUGUGAGCACUGGGAGAGAUGCAUAGAACCCCCUGAGCAUGAUCUUGGGUCUAAGAUACCAAUUGACUGAGAAAGAGGAAAACCCCUGGGCUGUCCCGCAUGGUCCAGGAGGAUGGCCUGAGAGGCUGCUGAGCUGCAUGCUUGGAGGUACCUCCGGGUGUGGCUCAGUGGGGAGCAGGGGCUGCCAUCAGAACUGCCCACUGUCCUGGACACAGGGCCCGCUAACUAACCGUGUUUACACGACUUAAGUGUUGAACCCCGAUUAUAAUGUCUGUAUGUCACCUUCCUCGCUGCCCUGAGCCCUGUCCCAGGAAGCAGGGAAGCGUGACUGGCCUCUUGCACUGCUUUGUCUCCAAAAUAAACUACUGAAAUCAGACUGUG